AUGUACGAAAAAACUACUAAAAAGUACGUAACCGUUGAAAGAAAUCAAAGACAAAUGGGUCCAGCUUGUGAAUGCAAAUUGUCUUUAAAAUCAUCAAAACUCUUUUGCAGAACAUUUAGUCAAGAAGAUAGGUUACAGUUAUUCAAUAACUUUUGGCAGUUGAAUUGGGACGAGAAAAAAAUGUUUGUAAAAGGCCUUGUUGAUACAGCACCAAUUAAACUACGCAAAGCAGAAGCCAUUGAGAAACAGCGGAAAGGUACCUUAUGUUUUCAUUUAAAAAAGAAUAGUAUACGACUUCGGGUAUGCAAAAAAAUGUUUUUAGAGACACUAUGUGUAGGGGAGUGGAGUGUAGCAAGUUGGGUAAACGUAACUCAAACCCAAAAUAUUGAGCAAUUGAAUACUAAUUGUAAAUCCGAGCCAACGGAAAAGAAAAAGUUCCUAAUUAACUUUUUUCAAAAGUUGCCCAAACUUGAAAGCCACUAUUGCCGUAAAGAAACAUCUAAAUUGUAUUUAGAACCGAUGUGGCAAAAUAUAAACGAAUUAUAUAGAUGUUACACUAAUGAAUGUCGAUCAACUAACGAACAUGCUCCAGUAAGUCACACGUAUUUUAGAAGACAAUUUGAGGACCAAAAUUUGUCUCUGUUUAGGCCAAAGUGUCUAGCAUAUCGUCCGAAUGGUCUUAUAGAGUACAAAUUGUAUUACGAAGAUGACUGGAAACUACUACCGCAACGACCCAACAAAGAAAAAGCAAAUAAUGCUCCGCCAUUAUCAUAUCCUACUGCACCAAAAAUAACACUUUCUAAAUUUAAUGAUUUGCAGGAUAUGAAAAACUUUAUUCCUAAAGAUUUUCGGCAUUUUUAUGAGUCUCUUGCUCAUGAAUGCCCUCAAAUCACAACCGUGUUGCUGGUAGUAGAAAUUAUGGAAAUUACAGACACAGUAGAAAGAGCUCUAGAAGCUAUCAGAAAUGGAGUCCUAUCUCAAAGAAAAGCUGCAAUAGAAUUCGGAGUGCCAGAUAAAUAUUUUCCAAAGUUAAAUGAUUACGAUGCUCCUCCUAAUGACGAUAAAAAUAUUGUAAUAAAAUAUCAUUAUUGCUGGAUUAAAGAUAUGUCUAGGUUGUUAAGUUUUCAGUUAAAUUCUUAUGUAAAACUGAGCAAAACAGCAAAAUACCAAAGGCAUGUACCUUAUAGUGCAGGCUAUUACUUUAAAUGUGCUUACGAUGACAGCUUAUCAUAUUUUAGAAGCUACAGAAGUGAAAAUUACAUGGAGUGGUUUGCAAAAGAAAUGAAUGAAAUAUCCAAAUUUGCCAAUUCUAAGAUAAAAUCAAUUGUACCUAUGGUUGAAAAGCCCAGUCCACGUGAGACAACUGUCUGUCAUAUUUGUGAGAAACGCUUUUCAGAUACUUCAGAAAAGAAGAUUUUAAAACAAGAAUUUUAUAGUGUAGAUGAUGAUGCAUUUAAUUUAUUAACUUAA